AUGCUUCUGCUCCUGCUUGCCAUUAAAGUCCUUGUCUGCCAUGUCGCUUUGGCAUCAGCAGAAACCAUAGCAGACGGCCUGUGGCAAGAAACGCGUAACGCCAGCGACUUCACUCAGCAAGGACCAGUCAAGUCGGCAUGGAUUAUCACGCCAGAGAGUUCCAUCACUCGACAAGGCCACUUUACGGUAGAUGCAGAUGACAUGGUCACCGUAUUAGUCCCCAGUGGCACGCAUUGGGAGGCGGAUGGUUUGGAGGUGGUCAAAUCGGGCAGAAGCUCCGACAUGUUGGCUGCCGAGACCUAG